AUGGCGUCUCCCAGGGGCGGCGGUUGGUCGGGCUCGGCGCGGCGCCGGCCGCCGCCUGGCGCCGAAGCCGCUGAGGCGGAGGGCGCGGAGCCCGCCGGCGCCGAGGGCCUGUACGUGGCCGUGGAGCGCUGCCCGCUGUGCAACACGGCGCGCCGCCGCCUGACGUGCGCCAAGUGCGUCCGCGACGGCGACUUCGUCUUCUUCGACGGCCGCGACUCGGAGCGGUUUUCUGAAAAGAAGGAGAGAUUAAAGCACCUUAGAAACAAACAACAUGAGUUCCAGUCCCAGUUGUUAAAAGCUAUGGAGGGGAAGAAGAUAACUGACCAGCUGAGAUGGAAAAUCAUGUCUUGCAAGAUGCGGAUCGAGCAGCUGAAGCAGACAAUCUGCAAAGAAAAUGAAGAAAUGUCAAAAAACGCCGAGUGGCUGCUCAGAAUGAAGGACGAGAACCAGAAGCUCUACCGCAGGGCCCAGCGCCACCAGGAGAAGGAGGAGAAGAUCCAGCGGCACAACCGCAGACUUGGCGAGCUGGUGGAGAAGAAGGCCCACGACUUGAGGAACCAGCGCGAGCACCUGGCAAACCUCCGGCGGGCGCACGUCCUGGAACUCACCUCUGUCAUCUUCCCGAUUGAGGAGGUCAAGAUCGACACGAGGGACCCCGCGGACGCCGGGGCCUCCGAGAGCGACAGUGCCAUGACGUCGAGCACCGUGAGCAAGCUUGCGGAGGCCAGGCGGACCACCUACCUGUCCGGGCGAUGGGUGUGCGACGACCACAACGGAGACACCAGCAUCGGCAUCGCUGGGCCUUGGAUAACCCUCCCCAACAACGGAGAUUAUUCCGCCUACUACAACUGGGUGGAAGAGAAGAAAACCACUCAAGGACCAGACAUGGAGCACAACAACCCUGCAUACACCAUCAGUGCAGCGCUGUGCUAUGCAACUCAGCUCGUCAGCAUCUUGGCACACAUACUCGACGUGAACCUGCCCAAGAAGCUGAGCAACAGUGAGUUCUGUGGAGAAAAUCUCAGCAGGCGGAAAUUCACCUGGGCAGUGAAAAAGCUGAACGCCAACAUCCUUUACCUUUGCUUUUCUCAGCACGUAAACUUAGAUCUCCUGCACCCUCUGCAUACACUCAGGAACCUGAUGUACCUGGUCAGCCCAGAGACAGAGCAUUUGGGAAGGUCUGGGCCGUUUGAGGUCAGCGCCGAUCUGGAAGACUCCAUGGAGUUUGUGGAUCCGAGCGGCGCCAGCGAGACGGACGAGAGCGGGGACGAGCACCUCAGCGACGAAGAGACGGACCUCGGGACGGACUGGGAGAACCUGCCCAGCCCUCGCUUCUGCGACAUCCCCUCGCAGACGGCGGAGAUGCUGCAGAGCCAGGGCGGGCAGGCCUCCCACCCGGCCGCCAGCAGCAGCGCCGGGGGCAUGAUCUCCUCCGCAGCGGCCUCCGUGACCUCGUGGCUCAAGGCGUACACCGGGCACCGCUGAGGUGUGGCCGGACCUUCUGCGGGACCCCCCACCACAGCGGCGGCGGGCGCAACCCGCCCAGUUCCGUAGUGCCUGGAACGGGAAGGGUCGGACUUCUGGUUGCGCCUGCCCCCGGUGCUUCGGGCUGGCACCAGCCGUGUUGGCUAAGGGCCGGCUGCUGCGCUUUUCAAAGCCUGCCGUGGAACUGGCACCCAUGCCUCCCGCGUGGAGGAGCAGGCCAAAGCACGGCGAGAGAACGAGAACCGUGAAAGGAAGCCAUCCGGCCCACGCGCUCAGCCCACGCCGGUCAGUCAUUUUCUCACAGGGUUCUGGGGUCUCUUCGUCUUGCCCUGUUGCUCCUCACAAAACGCACCGGUCUGUCGGAUGGCACAAAUGCACAUUUCAAGAGCCUUCUGUCGGUGCGCAAACGGUGCAUCUUACGUGUUUUCAGAUCUCUGUUGCCGUAAUUUUAGUGUGCAGAAUCAUGGUUCUUCAAUCUCAGCGGAUCUUAUUUUAUUUUCAUUUUUUACUUUUUAGAGAAAACGGGAUUCUCGCGUGGGCACACUGUGUGCUUUCAGGCGUAGAUUGCUCGGGAUGUUUUCCGUGCCAGGCCGCGCUGGCUUCCCACGCUCUUUGUUCUGGCUCUCAGACACCAAAGGAAGGCCGGACUAUAAGAUCUUGCCGAUACGGAGCAGUCGCUCAGCCCUCCCAGCAUUUGUCCUUUUCGCGAAUCCCCUCUCGCAAGAAGAGAAGGCACGCCUCUUUUGCACUUCAGCUGUGUACUUUACCUGUCCCAUGUGCUUCUGGACGGCUGGUGCAUCUGGGGCAGGGGAGCAAGGCUUGUCCCCCCCCCCAUUUAAUUCCCAAGGAACCCUCCCCCUCCUCUACUCAGUUUGGCCUCUUGGAUGGCACACGGUUCACCCAGGAAGUCAGGCAGGCAGGGCUGCUCCAGCGAGUGACUCGCCUGCCAGGAUCACAGUCCCGCCUGCUUGGCCCACCCUCCUCUGGAAGCCCUCGCUUCAGCUUCCGUUUUUGGUCGGUUCAAACACUUGCCAAGCUGCCCAGUUGGUUCAUAGGAUGGGCAGGCCAGCGGGCAGCGCCAGGCUGAGGCCUCCGUGCAGGCGGGCAGCCUCCGGUCGCCCCUUCCAGUCACGGCAGCGGCGCUCCUGUAAGUCGGGCUUCGGGGUGCCUGUGCCCCCUGCAUUGUGGGCAUGUUCAUCCCCGCAGAGCUGCUGAGCUGGGGCAGCAGGGGCCAGUCUCCCGCGUCCGGAGGAAGCACCCUCCACGUUGCACGCCAGUUCGCGUCCUUCCCCAGUCUGCUGUUCUCCAGGUGUACUGCACUGCCGUACCCACAAUUCCACAGCUGGCUGUGGGCUUACGGGGCUGGUAGUGAAGCUCGCCUGAAGGGCACCGGCUGGAGAAAGGCUUGGCACUAGCAGGGCAGCCCGUCCGUGCUCCUUCGUGAUGACCCUGGCUCUCUCCACUCUUCCCCUGUUGCCGCCGCCCCGGCUCCGGUUGACCCCCCCGCCAUUGGCCAGAAGCAUUGGCCACGCAUCCUGGCAGCACACGUCUCAGAUGCUCUUUCGCCUCAGUGCCAACUGAAGUUGGGCUUGCGGUGCUCUCAGGCCGCGUAUCCUUUCUGCGGAGGAGCCCUGCCCCCCGCCUCGCCAAAACUCGGGCAAGCACGGCUCCCCCACUGCGGAGAGUCCCGCAUGGGGCCAUCCUCGCAGGGUGGGUGUGAUGCACGCCUGUGGCUUGCCGUUGGAAUUGGCGCUGGACCAGUCGGUUCUGCAGCGCCCUCGGUAGGCUGUCCCACUUGGCCCGGCAGGAGUGCAGGAGGGGUCCCUAAGGUCUAAGCAACUAGGCCUGGCCAGGGCCAAACAGAGCCCUUCAGGGCUGGGCGAGGCCUCAGCUCCAUCCAUUUCUGUUCUGAAACCAAAGAUCCCCCUUGUUCAGUGUUCUGUAAAGCCCACUGGGCCAGAUUUCUCAGCCCAGGGACGAAUCCGGGAGAAUAUCGAUACCGGUCCAGCCUGCAUCGCUGCAGGCACCGGAGAGGCUGCGUUGAGCUGCGAGAGUGGAGGUCAAGGGGGGGGGGCAGGGUGCCUGGCCCGGGAUUUUGUCCUGGAGGGCGUUGUCAUGGGAAGGAAGGUUCUUCGAAGAAACGCACUUUAUGAGUCGCGGAGGACAUGGGCUGCUUUAUGUCGGGGCUCAUACUGCUAGAGGAGCAGAAUCGCGUUCCUCCACGCCAGCCCCUUCCCCAUGUAAAUAUUUUUGUGUGUGUCUUUCUCCCCAUUUUUGUUGUGUAUGUACAAACCUUUCUGCUGCUUAUUUAUGGUUUGGUUUAAAAAGAAGGAAAGAAAUCCUAAUACACACACUAAGAAACCGUUUUCCCUACAACCCCGGUAAACUGCGGCAAAUGCAUGGAAAUGCUGAUGAAGCCGCGAGUCCUUUUCCGUUGUCCUCGUCUUAAGACGGCACCUUCUUUCUGCAGUAGCAUAGCAUCCGCUCCGUCAGCCAAGGGAGUCACGUCCCCCGGACUGUGUUAGGAUAGGGUGUCACAUCCUUUCAAGAGGAUCCUUUUGUAAUGCCUUUUUUGGUUUAUUUUUAAACAAAAGAAAUGUUUUUACACACAUACAGCUAUCUAGAGGAAUUGGGAGUGCGUGCGUGCGUGUGUGCGUGCAUCCAAAACCUAGUGCAAUUGAGAAAAGUUGAUUGUUUUGCUUAAUAUGGCAGAGAAUGCAGCCAGUUGUGCAUUUUGCGGGAACCCUGGCUGGGAUCUCUGGCAGCAGGAUGGCACGUUUACAGCCAGGAGUCUCAGAUGCCCAGCGAAGAGAUCUUGGUCCCACAGUGCCACUCUCAGAUUAAUAGGGUUCUGAGUAAACACAGGUAUGUGGUUUUUUUAAAAAAUAAUUAUUGUAUUACUGCAAUAAACCUUUAACAGGAGUUUUUGUAA